GAGAGAGAGAGAGAGAGAGAGAGAGUCAGUGUCAGUAGGCAGACAGCGCAUUGGUUUACUAGAGACUGGAGGCUCCUAAAGAGCUACAGUACUGCGAUAAUCAGGAUAACGAGUGAGCAAGAAAAAGAAUCACUGACUACAGAAAGCGGUGAACACAAGGAUUUAUACCUUGGAGGAGGAGGAGGAUUUGAGUUUUUAACCAACUUUCUGCAGACAUCCAUCAUGCAGAGACCCAGUGGCCAAGGGACCGCUUUUUCCAUUGACUCCUUAAUUGGGACUCCCCAGCCCCGGUCUGGGCACUUGCUAUACACAGGCUACCCGAUGUUUAUGCCUUACCGACCGCUUGUCAUUCCUCAAGCCCUGUCCCAUUCACAUCUUCAGUCGGGCAUCCCUCCGUUGGCCCCCCUGGCUUCGUUUGCCGGGCGCCUUACUAACACUUUCUGUGCCAGUUUAGGGCAAGGGGUGCCAUCCAUGGUGGCCCUCACCACGACGCUGCCCAGUUUUUCUGACCACCCGGAUAGCUUCUACCCACCCCAGGAGCUUCCCGGACCCCGGCUAACAGCUGACUUGACCGGAAGGAGACAAAAGAGCCCCGAUUCGGAUGAACUAUCUGCACGAGACAAGGCUUCAGAACUUCUUAACUUCUCGGAAACUUUUGAAACUAUAACAGGUGAGACCAAACUGUACAGCUCAGAUGACGAGAAAUUGGAAGUGAAAUCAGCCGAGACUCCCUGUAGCGACAGAGAGGAGGACAGUUCUGCUGACAGCGAGAACGAAAGCUUCUCUGACGGCAAUAACUGCGCUUCUUUGUCCCAAAAGAACAACAUUAAGUCUGGGUCUCAGGAGCCGCUACCAUUGGGGAACUCCACCGGGAAAAGCAGACGACGCCGGACGGCGUUCACUAGCGAGCAGUUACUUGAGUUAGAGAAGGAGUUCCACUGCAAGAAAUACCUCUCCCUCACCGAGCGCUCUCAGAUCGCACACGCACUCAAACUAAGCGAGGUCCAGGUCAAGAUCUGGUUCCAGAACCGCCGGGCCAAAUGGAAACGGAUUAAGGCCGGUAAUGUCAAUAACAGAACAGGGGAACCUGUCAGGAACCCCAAAAUUGUAGUCCCUAUCCCAGUCCAUGUGAACAGGUUUGCAGUACGGAGCCAACACCAACAGAUAGAUGGGAGCACCAGGCCUUGAAAAUUAUGGACAAAAGACACUUGUUGUAUUCUAAACAACAGCGUAUACUGUAAAAAUCAAUUUGAACAUGGAGUUGAACGACAAUAACAUUACAACAAACCACCAGACUCCGAAACAGCCAAAGCUAACGAAGGGGAAUAAAGUAAUCAGCAUUGAGAGGCUUUUUAAACAUCAUUGUUAAAGUGUAGCCUAUAGUUAAAUCAUAUAAUUAGAGAACACAGAAAACGAACAUUUUGAAAACAUGCAAAAAAAAAAAGUGUUGGAAAACACGAGACGUUUCAGCUUGUAGGUUGGACAUGCUUUUUUAGGCUACUGUACAUUAAAAACGCAAGCUGUGUUUUAUUCAUAUACACCUUGAAGCUCUGAAACAAACAAACAAAAAACCUCUGCUGGACUCUUAAACCUGCUUCUGUAGCCUCAAUUAUAGUAUUUAGUUAUACUUAGUAACAACACACACACACACACACACACACACACACACACAUAUAUAUAUAUAUAUAUAUAUAUAUAUAUAUAUAUAUAUAUAUAUAUAUAUAUAUAUAUAUAUAUAUAUAUAUAUACACACACAAAUACUGUAUAAGGAGUAAAAGAAAAAAAAGAAAAAAUAUCUAUUUGCUAUACUUCAGAAAGGAAGAGAAUCGAAGUCUGGAAAGUAAAAAAAUCAUCUGUCAGCUCAUAAUUGUGGCACUGAACUUAAAAAAAAAAAAUAGGUAUACAAAUUCACUCUGCUGAAUUAGUUUCCUAAUUUAAAUAGUAACCUCGUUUUACCUAAAUAUUAUUUGGAGAUAUGUAAAUGUUUACCUAUUUAUUUUUUUGUAAAAUAUGUAAAUUCUCAAUAGUGUCGGGAUAAGACACACAUGUGCACUAAGAAAUGAGAUUGUAUACAGUUCUUUUUUUUUUAAAUCAUAAUAUUUAUAUGUUGAAAUGUGGCAAAACACCACAGUUAUAAUUUUGUUUAUGUUCUGAAAUGUUUUCUGUAUAAAAUGUGUGAAUUUGG